AUGGUAGAAGUAAAUUCUGCGAGCACGCUUGUAAACUGGACAACCCACAAGAAAGUGAUGAACCGAAACUGGGACCUGACAGGCCUCACAGAGGGGAAUAAGGUGUCGCUCCAUGAGAUACCAAUGGGUAAGUGGAGCCUCCCAAUUUUCGGCUGUUAUUUUGCUUAUCAGCUGUAUGGUACACGUCAACCCACUGCUGCCAGCCGCGAGCGCAUCAGUCUGGCUUUGUCUCUAGUCUUUAGCUUCCAACUAGUACUUGGUCAUGUUACCAUUGUUCUUUAUCACCAUCUGAAGUCGCCUGGGCAUCGAAGUGGCGAUGGUGGAGAAGACAGAGGCAUCCAUGUUGAUCCAAAGCUUCUUCAGUGCCUUCUUCAGAUCCGUGAUGUUGGACUGGUGAGCAUGGCGCCCAUGAUGGCUCCUGCUGGUGGGAUGGCUGUCAUGACUCAGGCCAUGAGUCACCCAGAUUCAGGAGUUGGUCCGGACCACCACACCCUCAAUGCUCCCUACCACCACCACCACCACCCUCAUCACCAUCAUGGUCCUCCAGGCCCACACCAUCCUGGUCCCCCACCACAUCAUCCUAGUGGACCUCCCCAGCCUCCUCCCACAGGUCCUCCCCCACACACGGGCCCUCCUCACUCACAGUAUCACCCAGCCCAUCACCCAGCUCAGGCCCCACAUCAUGGCCCUCACCCAUCUCAUGCCCCACAUCAUGGUCCUCAUCAUUCAGCCCCUCACACUACCCCACAUUCUGCUCCACAUUCUGGCCCACACACUGGGCCACAUUCUGGCCCACAUUCAGGACCACAUUCUGGUCCACAUUCUGGUCCACACACAGGUCCACACACAGGUCCACACACUGGUCCACACACUGGUCCACACACUGGUCCACACACAGGUCCACAUACAGGUCCACAUACAGGUCCACAUACAGGUCCACAUACUGGUCCACAUACUGGUCCACAUACUGGUCCACACUCUGGUCCUCACUCUGGUCCACACACUGGUCCGCUCUCUGGCCCUCACUCUGGCCCUCACUCAGGGCCACAUGGUGGGCCACAUUCUGGACCUCAUGGAGGCCCCCAUGGUGGUCCACAUAGCCAUGGUGGUCCUCAUUCUGGGCCACACAUGGGACUACACAGUGGUAACAGCAGCAAUGGGCCACACAGUGGGCCUCACGGUGGGCCACACGGAGGUCACCAUGGAGGACCUACUCACCCUCAGUCUCACCUUCAAGCAACUGGCACUGUUGCCGGACCUCCGCAUAUGACCCACCCUGCUCAUUCUGUCAUGCAUCAUUCAGCACCUCACCAGAUGAGUGGAAUGGGUAGUGGUGGACCAGCGGGGAUGGGGACCUCCCCAAGUAGCAGUCACCAGCAACAGCAGCAGCAGCAGCAGCAGCAACAGCAUCAUCAACAGCAGCAACAGCAACAACCUCCACAUCAUACCCAGGUACAUCAACAGCCCAUACCCCAAACAAUGCAACACCAGCAACAGCCACUUCAGCAACAACAGCCUCCACAUCUACAACAGCAACAGCACCAACAACAGCAACAGCAGCAUCAACAACAGCAGCAGCAUCAACAACAGCAGCAGCAUCAACAGCAGCAGCAGCAACACCAACAACAGCAGCAGCACCAGCAUCAGCAACAGCACCAACAGCAGCAGCAGCAUCAACAACAGCAACAGCAACAAGAUAUUGUCAUAAACAGCGGCAUAGUGGGCAUGAAUUCAACUCCCAAUGGUGUUAAUGUGGUUGGGUCUUCACCUACAAAUUCAUCAUCUAUGACAUCUGUUGGUAUCUCUGGAGAUUCCUCAGCUACUAGUAAAGAGAAGACACCAAUGUGUCUCAUCAAUGAGCUUGCUAGAUACAAUAAGAUUCAGCACCAGUACUGCCUGACAGAUGAAAAAGGUCCAGCUCAUAAAAAGACUUUUACAGUAACCUUAAGGCUUGGAGAGAGUGAAGAGUACACUGCCUCAGGUCCUAGUAUCAAGAAAGCUCAACACUCAGCUGCUGCCAUAGCUCUUGAAAAAACACAGUUUAAACAUCCUCCACCAAAAACACAAAGGCAGAAUAAACAGACUAAACUGACCCCCACAGUAGAACUUAAUGCUCUUGCAAUGAAGCGAGGUGAAGCUGCCAUUUACACUUUCAUGGAGACCCCUCGUCCUCCUAACCCCUACUUUAAUAUGCCUCCAAAUAUUCGAGCCAUGUACAACCAGAAGUGCUAUGGCCGACCGCCACUUUAUCCAAUAUUCUUUGUAACAUUAAGAGUUGGCACCCGUGAGUUUAUUGGUGAAGGAACUACGGCCCAGCAAGCUAAGCAUAAUGCUGCAUCGAAAGCUUUGAAGUUGAUGAAAACACUUCCAAUGCCAGAAAAUGCUACCACAUGUACACAGGGAGACCUCUCUGACCUUGAUCCAAAUGCUGAUUUAAAAUCACCGAUUUCACUAGUUCAUGAAAUAGCCUUGAAGCGGAAUUUGACAGUUACAUUUGAGGUUAUUCGCGAAUCUGGGCCUCCACAUGUUCGAACAUUUGUCACGGUAUGCAUAGUUGGAGAAUACCGAACUGAAGGUGAAGGCACUGGAAAGAAGGUAUGUAUCAAUUCUUGUAGUUUGCAUAUGUAGUUACAUAUGUUUUUA